AUGUCGCUUCGGCAGCCUUCCUCGACGGACUCCGGAGGGGCCGCAAAAGAAUCGAAACCAGUCUCCAACAUCCAGAAGAGCCAAGGUCAGCAGAAGAAUAUUACUUCGUCGAUCUCUACAGGCCGUAAUGAUAAGGAGCCCUCUGAGUGCUCCAGCAUCGAGGUGAGGUUCAUCAACCGGCCAGACGGUACACCCCUGACUACGAUCAUCGAGCGCAAUUCAUGCUCAACGUUGAAUUCGAAAGCGUCAACGCUCCCUACACGUUGGCGUUUUAUACGGAAGGAGGUUCCGCCAAUAUCUGAAGGUUCAAUUGAACACAAGACAUUGAUGGAACCCACGUGUGAUCAGUUACGCGAUUCAGCGACACCUCUUGCGGCGGUGACGGGGUGGAAAGCGCCCCAACCUUCCUCAAGAGUCUCUACAGAGACAGCAAUAAUCCAGACCGGGACUGUUGUGUCAGCUGCAUCAUACAACCCAAUGCCACCACCAACAAGACCGGAGAAAAGUGCUGCUCCGGAAGAGAGUCCCACGGAACUCACCAAUUUACGGUCCGCCAAGCAAACCCUUUAUUGUGUGUUCAAUACACUACUCAGGAUUCUGCAAUCGCAACAUGUCGAUAAGCGAGCUUCUGAAGCACUACUCAUUGACCAGUGUCCAAGAAGGGCCAUAAUACCUCCUGACAUGGGGAAAGCGUCUUGGCAACUGACCAACGAACCUGGAAAGGUCAUCUGCGAAGUUCAGGUAGAAGCAGUCUCACAUACUGAGUCAUCCCUGCCUCUAAAGGAAAGUUUUGUAGCUGGUUCUACAAGUCAGAAGGACCCAACUGGUAACUCACAAGACGUGACACAUGCGCCCAUCUCAUCGACUCGCAUAACAGAUCGCUCACCUACAUACUCCCUGUUCCCCUCUCUAACUCUGUCUCCGCCCGUGUCGCCAACCUUUCCACCGGGCAAGACCAUCUCCUCAUCCAUCCGAGAGCAUCGUAUCGAACCAUCGUAUAAACCUAAGCAAGACAUUAUCUCAAGAUUAGCUAUCGAAAAUGAACCCGCACGACCUACUACAAGCCCCAAUGAACUCCAUUCCGAGUGUAGAGAACGGUGCAAGAGUCGAACGGGCAAAUCCGCUGAAGGUAGCAUUAGUGCGCAGCCCUUCAGCUCUGAUACAGAAACUAAAACAUCCUCGGCAAAACUGGCGACAACGGGUCUCGGAAACGCUAAGUCAGCUUCAAGACAUUCCGAACGGAAUCAUCUCGUCUUCGACAUUAACAACAACCAGUCAGCCCUUUUUGACGCCUCUGGAGACCCUUUCAUCACAGCCUACCCCGACAGACGCGUCGUCCAUAUCCAUUCCGCUGCACUACCAAUUCUCCUACCAAUCGCUGCAGCAGAAGGGAUCGUCAGACCAAUUGCUCGCAGGCCCAAAGCGUCACUCGACGUUUCACGACAAGAUAAAGAUCCGAUUCAAUCGUCUCCCACCGUGGUUGCAGGUCGUGGUCAUGACCGCCGUCGUCGUCGUCAUACUUCCCUACUUGAUCGGCUACAUGAUGUAUCAUUGGUGCAAACUGAUGGGGAAGCGGGUGGUGAGAAUCAGUCGGCGAAAGAUAAGGAGGCGAGGACAGGGCAAAGGGAAGCAAAACGUAAACCUAACAAAUUAAUAAAGCAGAAGAAGGGUUCCGUGUCUGGAGCAUGGGGCCUUCGUACGGACGGCGGACGUGAUACACCCGACCUCGUGCAGCUAGAGCCCAUCUCUACUAAUGCUCCGCUCCCAUCAGCGAUUCCCGACGAAGGACAGAAGCUACGUCACCGUGUAGGGAGCCGAUUUGGACGGAUUUUUAGAUCCUGCUUUUGUCAAUCUCGUCGAGGAAUUGGAGGGGAUAGAAAUGACGACGACGAACUGGACGAGAGCCCACGACGUGUCACGCCGCGCAGAUUAUCCCCAGCCGCGAAAUGA